UCACGUCCCAUUCACAGCAUCAUGGCGUUUGAGGGUGGGGGGCGGAGCUGUGGUGUUCAUGAACUCAUCUGCGCUAGAAGAGCAGCAAGCUGUCAGUGGAGAGUCCAAGCAGUGAUCUGCCACAUUUGGAAGGUUUUAACAAAGGUUUGCAAGAAUUUGUGGUCAGUUAGCAGACACACCAAAGGCACAAAGCAAUGGCGUUUUUCAAGAGCUUCCAACAGAGCCUCCCUUCUGUCAGUUCCCUCUUGGACUCUGUCACAAACACCGUCUCAACUGCUGUGGACGAUUUGUCCUCUGCAGUGAGUGAUGUCACCUACACUGUCAGUGACCAACUAUCGGAGCAGGUCAAUACAAUCAUCAACAAAGUACAGCCCGAAGAGGAUGACAAAUCCGGGAAAGAGGAGGCUGAGGGUUCUGAAGAAGAAGUCCGAAAGGAGAGGAGGAACAGCAAGCUGAAGCAUCAGGAGACAGAAGGUAAUGCUGCGGACAGUGGAGAAGGAGAAGGUCGGAAGAGCCGAAAAUCGAAAAAGAACUCUAUGUGGACUAUUGAAAUAAAUGAAGAGGAAAACCAGAGGGAGAAAGAAAGACAAGAGGAAGCAAGAAAAACUGAGGAGGAGGAGUGGGAGUGGUGUUACGCCCCCGCUAAAGGUUGGUAUCGUAAAAAGAGGGACCCAAACCAACCACAAAGCUUGUCUCUGACCUCAGAAAACCAGAAAGGGAACAAUGACCAAGCAUCAAAAGAGGCAGAGUCUGUCGCUCAGGAAGAGAACGCUUCCUCGUCUGGCAAACACAAGGAGGAAGGUGACAACCACAAUGAAAAUGCUACUGGGAUGCACCCAGACGGGGGUUGUCCAGAGAAAGGAUCAUCUGAGAGUGAGGACGAAAUUCCAAAUAGACACAAGGACUCUCAUCAGCAGAGAAGUGGGUGGAGAAACAAGGAUACUGAGAAUGAGGAUUGCAGCAGUGAGGCCUCUGCUGAGCAGGUUAAAAGGAAAAAAGGUUCAAGUUCCCUGAAUGAACUUCAGCCUCCACCGUACCGGGACAAAGACGAUCUCAAGUGUGGCUCAAGGGGCCGCAGUGACUCAGCAGAGGGCAGUGGAAGUGAGAUCAGCGAGGGCAGUGAAGACCCUGAGGACACAGAGAGUUACCUGAAUAAGGGCUGUGAGCAGGACGCCCCCAGUGACAGCACAGCUGUUUUGGGCCCGGAGGACAGCUUACUCCCACCCCUUCCAGAAACAUAUGAACCAGAGGCACUGGGGAAAUAUGGCACACUGGAUGUGGCAUUUGAAUAUGACCCCAGUGAACAACGGCUUGCGGUGACCGUGACCGCUGCCACAGAUAUUCCAACCCUUAGGAGCACAGGGAACAUUUCCUGGCAGGUCCACCUGGUUCUACUGCCCACCAAGAAGCAGAGGGCCAAGACAGGAGUGCAGAAGGGACCCUGUCCCAUCUUCACAGAGACAUUUCGGUUCUCAUGCGUGGAGAAGGAGGCCUUGGGGGACUAUGCAGUCCGGUUCCGUCUCUACAGUGUACGGCGCAUGAAGAAGGAGAAGGUCCUAGGGCAGAAGGUGUUCUACUUAACCAAACUCAAUCUGCAGGGCAAGCUUGCUCUGCCUGUUACACUAGAACCUGGCACAUCCGUUCCUGUCUGUGGAUCAGUGGUGAGUGUCUCUCGUAGUGCGGGAGCUCUGUCAUACCACUCCACUGGUGAAUCCUCCACUCCAGAGCUUCUGUUGGGUCUCCUCUACAACUCCACCACAGGAAGACUGUCUGCCGAGGUUAUUAAAGGCAGCCAUUUUAAAAACUCUGCCACCGAUAAACUGCCCAUUGGCCUGUUUUGUUGUGUAAAACGCUUCAUUAGUGGGCAACUAUAUAUCAUGAGAGACACUUACGUGAAGCUUACAAUGCUGGACUCCAAAGGCAAAGAGAUGUCCAAAUGUAAGACCUCCGUCUGCCGUGGCCAGCCCAACCCAACCUACAAAGAGACAUUUGUCUUCCAGGUGGCACUGUUCCAGCUGUCUGAGGUCACCCUGCAGGUGUCGGUGUAUAGUCGGCGGAGCAGCAUGAAGAGGAGAGAGCGGGUGGGUUGGGUCGCUCUGGGCCUCAACAGCACCACAGAGGAACAAGAGGAGCAUUGGACCCAGAUGAAGGAGUCAGAGGGACAGCAGGUCUGCCAGUGGCACACGCUCCUCAAUUCAUAGGGGAGCAGGGAAACAAUGCAGUGCGGUUUUUGUCCAUCUGAAGGUUUAGUAGGACAGAAUGAGAAUAAAUGAAAGGAUUUGUUCACCCUAAAGUGAAAGUUCUUUCCUAAUUUACUCCAUGUUGCUCCGAACCCAUAUUACUUGCUUUCUUCAUGAAACAUCAUCUAUCAUAUGGCUUCAAAAGACUGGCAACUUGUCAUUUUUUAAUAGGAGUUUGACAGCCCCUAUUUAGUGUCUUUAUAUUGAAAAGAAUCUUCAGAAUAUUCUAGGAAAAUCAAGUUUUGUGUUCCAUAGAAGAAAGAAAGUCAUAGGCGGUUUAGAAUGGCAUGAGGGUAAGUAAAUGAUGACAGAAGAGUGAUAUUUGAGACGUGAACUAUUCAAUUUAAGUAAACUUCUGCAAAAUUUUGUGGGCAAAUGUUCUUUUUCAACAGUAUAGCGAUGCAUGAAGCACCGCUUACUCAGCAGUCACUUCCAAAACAAGCAAAUCUGUGUUAAAAUUUCAAAAACCUUGACUCUGAUGUGAAAUACGCAUGGGGAAAUUUUUCUCGUGUUAUUCAGCUGAAAUUCCCAAUUGCAUCAAUUCCUACUGUGAUUUAGAUUGCAUUUCGCCAACGGAAUUCCUCCUUAAAGGUAAAGGUGGCCGCAACUUAAUUUGUACAGUAGAGGAAUCCUCCAUGUUGGAUGUGCUUUGACUUUCUAGAGAGACUGUGUUCCUCAGGAUGGCAGUAAUGGACCUGAUGUUUUUUGCAGUGUUGGGAUGGGAAGGCUGAAAAAGACGUCUUAUGACGACAUUAGGACAUUGAACUGACCAACUGCCAUCUGUACCAAUUGUUUAUUCCCAACAAAGCAUAACUGUAACUCUACUGAAUUACUGGCAGUUGCAUAAGCAUUGAAACUACUUGAGGUUUAGCCUUUGUACUUGACUUGCAAAUAUGCAAAUACAAAUAUGCACUGCAUGGUAACAGCUAAAGCAUCAAGAGAAACAUUCAGAAUAAAUAUCAGACCAAAGCGCAAGACCACAUACAUAAUUCUGUUUCAUGAAGGGAUAUAGGGACUAUUUCACACCAGCAUUAUUGAAAAAUAUUUAACAUGAAAAUGUACAAAAAGUAGGGCUGCUGAAGACUGUGUAAAUGUAACUAAUUUUACAAGUAACUCAUGUCUAAAUGUAACCGAUGGAAAUUUGAGCAAUUUAUCUCAUGAUUUUUGUUUUCAUAUUGUGUAAGUUAAUGCUGCAUUAUGCAUAUGUUAAUGCUGAUUCAGGUUCAGUUUUAAUCUUU